GGACGGCCCUUCUUCUCGGUGAAAGCGUCUUUGUGCAGGCUGAAGGAUGAACAUUCAUACGCGGGUGAAGAGCAGGAGGACCGAGCAUCACCUCGGAGCCGAGAGGGACCACUUUGACAAGCAGCAGCUCAGCAGUAUCAGCAAAGCCAUCAACAACACAGAGACGCCUGUGAAGGAGAAACAUGCACGACGAAUCAUCUUGGGGACUCACAGGGAGAAGGGAGCCUACACCUUCUGGUCCUACUCUCAGGGCUUCCCUCUGGGCACCAGCUCCAUCCUGUGCUGGAAGUUCUGCCAUGUGCUGCACAAAAUCCUGCGAGAUGGCCACCACAAUGUUCUUCAGGACUGCAUGCGGCAUCAUGGUUCUCUAGCUGAAUAUGGGAAACUAUGGAGCCACCUCCAUGACAAAUAUGGACAGCUAGUGGCUUUGUAUAUUAAGCUCCUCUGCACAAAGAUGGAGUUUCAUGUGAAGCAUACGGAAAUCCCUCCAAACCUGGAGGUGAAGGAUGAAGUGCUGGAGCGCACUGCGGGGACGGACAUUAAUAAUGUGUUCCAGCUCACUGUGGAGGUGUUCGAUUACAUGGACGCUGAGCUGAAGCUGGCCGAGACAGUGUUGCGCCAGCUGAACUCUUCCAUCGCCGUCAGCAGCCUCACGUCGGGUCAGUGUCGCCUGGCUCCGCUCAUCCAGGUCGUCCAGGACUGCAGCCAGCUCUACCACUUCAACGUCAAGCUGCUUUUCAAGCUGCAUGCCUGUCUGCCUGCUGACACCCUACAAGGACACCGUGACCGUUUCCGUGAGCAAUUCAACAGCCUAAAGACCUUCUUUAACAGAGCCAGAGAGAUGGUGUAUUUCAAGAGGCUGAUCCAGAUUCCCCGGCUGCCUGAUUCUCCACCCAACUUCCUGCAUGCAGCAGCGCUGGCCAAACACGUGAAGCCGGUGGUUGUCAUCCCUGAGGACGAUGAUCAGCAAGACGACGAUGACGAUGACCCGGAGCCACUCAUCGAGGUCAGCAAUACCCCGACCCCCAGCCUGCAGUCUCAGCCUCAGGUGGACAUUUUUGAUCAGGCAUUUGGACCUCCAAAUGGAGGCUUUGAUGAGAGGGAUCUCCAGAUCGAAAGCCUGAAGUCAGAACUUGAGCUUCUAAGAGCAGAGCUGGAGAAAGUCAAAACGGAGGCUCAACGCUACGUCACGCAACUCAAGUCCCAAAUCAACAGCUUGGAGGCAGAGCUGGAGGAGCAGCGCAUGCACAAACAGCGGGCGCUGGUGGAAAACGAGCAGCUUCGCAUGGAGCUGGAGGCAACCCGGCGCCGGAACGCAGAGCACGAGAGUUUACAGGGCACCUUCCUGGAGGCCGAGAGAAGGGCGCAGUCGACCGAGCAGCGAUACAAUAAACUGAAAGAGAAACACACAGAGCUGGUGGCCAGCCAUGCUGAACUGCUCCGCAAGAGCGCAGACACUGUGAAGAUGCUGUCGGCCACCCAGCAGACUCAGGAGGAAGUGGAGAGGACUAAGCAGCAGCUGAGCUUCGAGGUGGAACGAGUCAAACAGGAGGCAGAUAUGAAGAUGGAGGAGCAGAAAUUUGACCUGGAGCGACUGAAGAGAGAGCUGGAAGAGAAAAUGGCAGAGGUGACACGGGUGAAGGCGACUCUGCAGAGCAGCGAGAUGACAUCGUUGGAAAUGAACAGCAGCAUGACGGCUCUGCAGGCGGAGAAGGAGCGCCUGAUGCGAUCUGUGAGGGAGAAGGAGGCAGAGCUGUCAUCUCUGCGGCAGGAGGCGCAGCUGCAGCAGUCGUCGCUCCAGCAGGAGCGGGAGAGGAGCAGCAGGGAGCUGGGAGAGCUGCAGGGCAAGCUGAGGGAGAAGACCAGUGUGGAGGAACAGAUGAAGAAGAAGCUUUCGGAGGAGCAGUUCGCUCUGCUCCAAGGCACCAUCGCAGAAGCUGAGAACAUCAUCCAAGAUGCAGUGUCCAAGCUGGAUGAUCCUCUGCACAUACGCUGCACCAGCUCUCCAGAUUACCUCAUAAAUCGAGCAGAGGCUACGUUGAGCUCCAUCGACAAAAUGAAAAAAGGACAUGGAGAUUAUCUGCGCAACAUGGAGGACUCUGGCGGGCUGCUGAGGUCUCUGACCCAGUUCUCCCACUUGGCUGCAGACACGAUUGUUAACGGCAGCGCUACGGCACACAUGGCACCCACUGACCAAGCAGAUCGUCUGACAGAGAACUGCAGAGGCUGUGCCACUCAGAGUCUACAGUACCUAAAGGAGCUGAAAUCCAAGAACACCCUGCAGAGGGCCGAUCCAGCUUCUGUUCGACUGAUUGUGCAGAAGAUCCUGCACCUGGGUCAGGAGCUACGGCCGAAAGGAAUGGACAUCCGUCAGGACGAGCUGGGCGAUCUGGUGGAUAAGGAAAUGGCAGCAACAUCAGCAGCUAUUGAGGAGGCUGUACGCAGGAUUGAUGAAAUGAUGAAUCAGGCACGAAAAGACACAUCAGGGGUAAAACUGGAGGUCAAUGAAAGAAUCCUCAACAACUGCACUGAUCUGAUGAAGGCUAUCCGCAUGCUGGUCAUAGCGUCCACAGACUUGCAGAAGGAGAUUGUUGAGGGUGGGAGGGGUGGAGCAAGCAUAAGGGAAUUCUAUGCCAGAAACUCUCGCUGGACCGAGGGACUCAUCUCUGCUGCCAAGGCUGUGGGAUGGGGAGCCACGGAGUUGGUAGAUUCUGCUGACAAGGUGGUGCUGCACACUGGUAAAUAUGAGGAGCUGAUAGUCUGCUCGCAUGAGAUCGCUGCGAGUACAGCACAGCUGGUCGCUGCCUCAAAGGUCAAGGCCGACCGCAGCAGUAAGAGGCUGGGCGUUCUCCAGCAGGCCUCUCGUCAUGUCAAUGAGAUGGCUGCUAAAGUCGUGGCCUCAACAAAGACGGGACAGGAAAACCUGGAAGACAAAGAUCCCAUGGACUUCUCUGGGAUGUCUCUUAUCAAGUUGAAAAAAGAAGAAAUGGAGUCACAGGUGAAAGUGCUGGAACUGGAAACUCAGCUGGAGAACGAGCGUUUACGUCUGGGUGAGCUCAGGAAGAAACACUACGACUUAGCCGGAGUUCCUAUGGAGCAGGUUUCUGAGCGAAACGGUGACACGCCGUCACCUGUCCAGCAGCCCCGUCCUCUCAACAUGUCCCCCAAACUCAGCAAGCCUCCCCUGGGGAGGAAACCCACGCUCUCUCAAAAACCCAACAUACCAUCAAAACCAGGGUUCAAGUAAAUGCAGAGGACGGCAAUGCUUCACUGCAGGAUAACCGGAUUUAGAGAAGAAAUAUUUGGCCUUUUUUGUGAAUAUUCAGCUCUUUUUAGUUGCAUACUGACAAGCCAGUGUCAACCUUCUUCUCAACUUUUUCCUUUUUAUUUUUAUUUUACCUUUCAUUCCUUGUUUGCCAAAAUGGCCCUCCAGCCUAUUUUCUUGUUUUUUACUCUUUAAUGCCUAUAGGGAUUGCCCUGUUUUUCCUUUAUAUUUUCCAUGUUUGAUAUUAAGAACACUUUAUUUUGGGCUUUUUUUUUUUACAAAACAUUUCUGUAUUACUAACAAUUUAAAAAUUAAAACUACUGCUCCCUUUUUUGUGGAAUGUAAACUUUUAUCUAGAACACAAAUUGGCCACAUAUCCUGUAGAUGAACAGUCAAAUGUAAUCAUGUUUAUGGCAGCCUUAUUGCACACUUUUAGAUCACAUCUUUCUCUGUCUUUUUUGCUAUACUCUGUUCUGUAUUAUUUAUGUUGUGAUAGUGGUGAAAGGAGACUGGGGAAUGACUUGGUGUGUGUUCAUGUCGCUGCAGAAGUAUGAUAUACCUCUAGCUUUGCCUUUAUGUGCAAAUUUGAAGUUUGUUUCCCUCCUGAACUGAACAAGAUUGUAUCAGAGGCCUUGAAUAACACUUCAUAGAUGCAUUAAAUGUUGCCUGUAAAGAUUUGCAGUCUGUACAAGAGACUGCUACUUACACUACAUUUAUCUCACGAAUGUCCCUUUACAAGAGGAGAACAGAGAUACUAUGUUAAAGCAUAGAUAGACCUAAAGCUUGCACACUAUGUAUCAGCUAUAGAUGUCCUUAAUUAUCAAACGCUUCUUGUAGGCUGAAUAUAGAAAUUUAGGGUUAGGUGAUGAGCAACUUUAAGGCGUCUCUGAGUGUUUCCUGCAGGGUCUUAAAAUGCAUCCUCUAUGUUCUGCCCUCUCCUCUUUAAGAAUGUCUUUUUACUCAGAUCUAUUAAUAUAUAUUUUAGUAAAGAUACUGGUGUUUUUUUUCCUUGUAAGAAGUGUAAAUGUCACUCAGAUAAACAAUAAAUGUUUGAUUUAA